UGUGCCUUAAACGGCUCGCCGCAGAGGCUCGUGAGGGCGCUCGCAUGCUGCCUCAUUGGCACAUGUCCCGUCCUGCAGGGGUGGAGCGUAUAGAGGGCUGUCUCUGAUGUUCUGUCAGCCUCACAUCAGAACGGCUGCAGCGACUGACAGGAGAGGAGGGGUCGUCUGACACGGAGCCGACGAAGGACGAGGCAGCUGGGAAUUUUGUUGCUAUUGGACCGCUGGAUUUGCGUGCUUUCCCCAUGCUCAAUAAGGCUCACUUCUGGAAAAUAUUAUUUGACUUCUAGAGAAUCACAGAUUUAUUUUGUGCUUGUCUAUCAAAGCUGUGACAUUUUUAAGGAGUGUUUGAACUGUGGAAUUGUCCUCGUCAUCAAAUGGAUGCAAGUGCGUGAGGGGAAUACUUAUAAACGGUGCGUUGCGUCCUGCGGAGGCACACCGCUUCCCUUUCCAGUGCUGCUCCCAAGGUCUAAGCAGAGCCCAUCAAUCCCCCCACUGUUUGCCGACCUGCGGAAUUUACUGCCUCAUUGCGGGAAUUAUCGAGUCUGAGCUGUGGAACCUUCAUUUCCAGUUUUGGGGGAGGGUGGAUCCAAUCCUUCGGCGUGGGAGGGGGUGGAUGGUACAUCAAAAUGGGGAACAGCUUCUCCAACAUAUCUGCCUUCCAGUCACUUCACAUUGUCAUGCUGGGUUUGGACUCUGCCGGUAAGACCACAGUUCUUUAUAGGUUGAAAUUCAACGAAUUCGUCAACACCGUCCCCACAAUCGGUUUCAACACGGAGAAGAUCAGGCUGAGUAACGGCACAGCGAAGGGCAUCAGCUGUCACUUUUGGGACGUGGGGGGACAGGAGAAGCUGCGGCCCCUGUGGAAGUCCUACAGCCGUUGCACAGAUGGCAUCAUCUACGUGGUGGAUUCGGUGGACGUGGACCGGCUGGAAGAGGCUAAGACCGAGCUGCAUAAGGUCACCAAGUUCGCGGAGAACCAGGGCACACCACUGCUGGUCAUCGCCAACAAGCAGGACCUGCCUAAGUCCCUGCCAGUGGCUGACAUCGAGAAGCAGCUGGCCCUGCACGAGCUCGCGCCCUCCACGACGUACCACGUUCAACCCGCGUGCGCCAUCAUAGGAGAGGGGCUUCACGAGGGCAUGGACAAGCUGUACGAGAUGAUCGUGAAGAGGAGGAAGUCUCUGAAGCAGAAGAAGAAGCAGCGGUAACAGUGGCUGGAGCUGGACUGUUUCUGCCUGACUUGCUGUGAGAAAUCCGUGGUCCUGCCAUUUGCGGCACCCAUGCGGGUUGAUUUCUGUUUUCUUCCAUUCUGUGUUUCGAUUUAAACCUGUUAAGUCCUUCUGAGUGAUGCUUUUGCACACAGAAGGUUGCAGGGUUGUCAACAGAACAUUAAACCAAAAAAAGAC